AUGAAUUCGAUAUAUAAUCAUGGUUUGAAACAAACUCAAACGAUCUCAAGAGACUUAUUAGAGUUUGAGAAGAAUUUAUCCACUUCUCCAUUGUCUUUACAAGGAGCAAUCACCACAUCUAUCACUGCAUUUAGAAAAACUAUCAAGGAAUAUAAAGAAUUAAUAGACAAGGAUCCAAAUUCUACCACGAAUGCCAAACAUGAAAGUAGAAUAGAGAAAUUCAGUCAAGACUUACUGGAGUUUGUUACUAAGUUUGAUAGUUUGAAGCUGCAAAGAGAUUCAAUUGUUCAAGAAAACAAUAAACAAGAAUUAUUAGGGAGAAGACAUACUCAUAUCAGUGAUAGUAAUCAUAAUUCUGAAAAUCCAUAUGAUUCAAAUAACCAACAACAACAACAACAACAGACAUUAUCAUAUCAAGAAGGAUUAUACAAUGAACGUUUAUCCUUGGGUAGAGGGACUCAACAAUUGGAUCAUAUUUUGGAAAUGGGUCAACAAGCAUUUGAAGAUAUAGUUGAACAAAACGAAACUUUAAGAAAAGUGCAAGCCAAGUUUGAAGAAAGUUUGAUUACUUUGGGUGUCAGUCAAGGAACUAUAAGAAGCAUAGAAAAGAGAGCAAGACAAGAUAAAUGGUUGUUUUGGUUCAGUUUAAUAUUUAUGAUAGGAAUAUUUUAUUUGAUCUAUAAGUUUUUCGGUUAA